AGAAUAAGAAAACAAAUACACAAGCAGAGCACAAUUUCAGAGAAGUUUGGAAAAAAAAGAGGAUAGUCCAGACAGUUCACCUUGACAAGGAUGACCAAAACCAAGGGACACACAAAGUUACUAACCAAGUAGAAGAAGAAGUUGACUCCGACCUUGACCUGUCUGAUGUUCACCAUCAUGGGGAGGAAUGCGA